AUGAUCGCGAUUAAAAAAAAAAAACAUGGCUAUCGUACUAGCGAAAUUCGUUUCAAAUGCCGCCUAGAGAUUUCGCGCCGUUUUCCAUUUCAAUUUCCUGCAAAGCAAUAUCGCAGAAAUGUGGAACCGAUUCAGGAGCCAAAAACUGAUUACAAUACAUUUGAAAUGUUCAAAACGGUAGUUGGCUUGCGAAAUAUGCAAAUUCACUCAAAAGAGCCGAAAUCACACAAAAAGUUGAGGGUUUUCGUGCUCCCUUUUACGCAUGUCGAUCCAGGCUGGUUAAAGACAUUUGAAAGUUACACUGCCGAUACCAACGCAAUUCUCACCAAUAUGCACAAUUUUAUGACGAAAAAUGAGAAAAUGCGAUUCAUGUGGGCUGAGUUUGUAUUCUUCGAACGAUGGUUUCGCAUUCAAAAUGAGACAGUCCGCGAUGAUGUCCGCAGACUCGUAUCUGAAGGUCGUUUGGAGCUCGCCUCGGGCUCUUGGGUGAUGACAGAUGAGGCGAAUGUACUGUUCCCAGUGUCGGUCGACAAUAUCAUUGAAGGCUUCGACUAUAUUCAAAAUGAGUUUCAUACAAAACCCACUGUAGUCUGGUCGAAUGACCCAUUCGGCUACUCAAAUUCGGUGCCUUACUUGUUCCGAAAGGCAGGCGUUCGGCGAAGUGUGAUUAACCGCAUUCAUCAUUCGCUGAAAAAUUCUCUUCAACAACGUCAUGCAAUUCCAUUCAGAUGGCGGCAAUAUUUUGAUAAGAAUGGGGAGAAUGAUGUUUUAACACACGUGCUUCCGUACACCCACUAUGAUGUAUUGAACUCCUGUGGUCCCGACUCCUAUGUGUGUUGCGAGUUCGACUUCAAACGAAUUACGAAAUGGCAUUGCGGUCAGACCGUCGCGAUCACUUCGAGCAACGUUGAGGCAAAAGCGAAGAAACUUGUCGGACAAUUCCGAAAAAUGUCCGAGAUGUAUGAAGCACCAGUGCUGUUGAUGAUGCUCGGCGAUGAUUUCCGAUAUGAUAUGAUCGAGGAGUGGCAUCAGCAGCACGACAAUUUCUUGCCGCUUUUUGAUGAGAUUAAUAAGGGAAAUGAAGUCAAAAUAAGCUUCGGAACAUUCAAUGAUUAUUUCAACGAGCUUGAAUCAUAUUAUAAUCAAACCGAAACUCAGCCUCCGACACUUUCCGGCGACUUUUUCCCCUACAUGUGCGCGUUGAGGGAUUAUUGGACCGGCUACUAUACGACACGGCCAUUUUAUAAGCGGCAGGGCAGAGAAUUGCACCAUCUAAUUCGGACAGCCGAUCUACUAUCAGCACUUCACGGCGGUUAUUCAUCCGAAGUUCUUCAAUUUGCGAGAAGAAAUUUGUCGCUUUUCCAGCAUCAUGAUGCAAUUACAGGAACAUCGAAAGUGAGUGUGAUGAAAGACUAUUCCCAUCUUCUUCACUCCUCGAUUAUUGCCGUCAAAGAGGAAAUCGAGAAAAUUGAAGAAAUUCAAAUUGUUGGUGAAAAGUAUCCGAGGAAACAAUUUGAAACCGAAACACAGCGGCUAUUAAAAAUCGAAUCAGAAAUGACCCUUUCAAUCUUCAACAGCUUGAUGUCUACUAUAGAUGAUGUUAUUGCGGUACGCGUGGAUAGUGUAAAUAUUCAAGUACUUGGUGAGAAUGGAAAGAUCGUGAACGCUCAAAUCGAACCAUUUGUCGAAAAAGGGAAAUUGGAGAACAACGAAUUUUGGCUGGUAUUCGGGGCUUCUCUCAAACCAUUAGCGUAUACAAAUUUCGUGUUAAGAAAAGUCGAUAAUGCGGAUGAAUCAACCACGAUUUGUGAGGUCUCGACGCGAAAGCAGUUCAGUGACAAACUCAAAUCACAAAUUCACACUGUUUUCUCGGAUCAAAUCGAAUCGAAAUAUUCAUUGGAGUCUGAUUUUCUGAAAACUUAUCAUUCUGAGGUCACCGGUCUCGUAGAGACCGCAGUGUUGCGAACUGAAAACAAUAAGGAAUUGAGUUUAGCUCAGAAUUUUGUGACCUACAAAGGCGCGUCCGGUGGAGCAUACUUGAUGCGAGUUUCCACUUCUGAAUUGUAUAAACCGAAAUCGGAAUUCCAUUAUUACGUUCGCGGGCCCAUUCGCCAAUCAACGCAUUUGUUCAUGGAUAUGAUCUACCAGCGAACGAGUCUUAAGAAUAUUCAAGGAUUCGCCGGCCGACAGUUGGAUAUUGAGAUGCGGGUCGAUAUCGCAAAUCAGAGGAAUCUCGAAAUGAUGGUUCGCUUCGAGACGAAUUCCUCAAAUUUCUUCGGUUUCGCCGACAGUGUUGGUCUUCAAAUGCUUCGACGCAGUUUCUAUAAAGAUCUGAACGUCGCCGCCAAUUUCUAUCCGAUGCCGUCAUCGGCCGCCGUACAGUAUGACGAUGUACGGGUUACGGUAUCAUCGAAUGUUGAGCACGGCGUUAGAUUCUAUGAGAACGGCGGCAUCGAAAUCAAUAUUGAUCGAAAAUUAAAUCAGGAUGAUGGGAAAGGGCUUGGAUACGGAGAAGACUCGAUUCCGGUGGAUCUGAUCCCUGUCGACAUGCGCUUCUCGGUUCUCCUCGAAACCGGCCUAGCCGACUUUGACUCGUCUCAACAUUCGACGUCGCACUCGGCAUUCGGACAUCGAAGUGUUCAGAAUGUGAUCUAUCCACCUAUGGUAGCAAUCUCAUCGAAUAAGAAACAGUUCGACGUCUUCUCCGAACUUCCCUGUGAUCUCCAAUUAUUGUCGAUUCGCCCGAUUUCGAAGAAUCGCAAACUUCUUACUCUAUUCCGACAUGGUAUUGUUCAAAAGGAUCAAGAUUGUUCGAUGAAUUUCGAGUUGUCACUCCUUCAACUUCUGCACAAAAUAAACGCGAAAACAGUGCAGGAAACCGAUUUAAGCGGUAUUACGGCCAUCUCAGAAGCAAAAAAUAUCGAAGAAUACCAUCCAAUUCUUCCAAAACCUUUCGAUUUUCUUAGUUUGCUCAUCCUCUAG